AUGAGUUCCAAAACAAGUGCUGAUAAUAAGAAAAAGCUUCAGGUAGCUAUUGUUGGUUCUGGAAAUUGGGGUUCAGCAAUUGCAUCUCAUAUCGGUGAAAAAGUUCGCUCAAGUGGCAAAGAUCAAUUUGAAGAGAAAAUUUCUAUGUGGUGUAAAGAAGAAGAUGUUGAUGGUGAAAAAAUAACAGAAUUGAUUAAUCGUACACAUGAGAAUAAAAAAUAUUUACCAGAUCACAAAAUUAGUGAUAAUGUUGUUGCUAUACCAGAUUUGAAAGAAGCAGUUAAAGAUGCUGAUAUACUUGUAUUCGUUGUACCACAUCAAUUUCUAAAAAAGACAUGUGAAGAAAUGAAAGGAAAUAUUAAACAAAAUGCAUUCGCUUUAUCAUUAAUUAAAGGAUUUUAUGUUGAUGACAAAACAAACGAUAUAUUAUUAAUAUCAGAAGUUAUUAAAAAUACAUUGAAUAUUGACUGUUUAACAAUGAUGGGAGCUAAUAUUGCUAAAGAAGUGGCAGCGAAGGUAUUUUGUGAAGCAACAAUUGGUACAAAAAAUAAAGAACAUAGUACUAUUAUAAAAAGUUUAAUUGAUUCAGACAAAUUUCGUUUACGAUUUUUUCCCGAUGUUGAAAUAAUUGAAAUGUUAGGUGCAUUAAAAAAUAUCAUUGCUAUGAUAGCUGGAUUUAGUGAAGGUUUAGAAUGUGGAUUUAAUACUCGUGCCGCUAUCCUCCGUUUAGGUUUACGAGAAAUGAUUGAAUUUUGUCGUUUAUAUCAUAAAGAGUCAUCCUAUGAAAUCUAUUUGGAAUCAUGUGGUAUGGCUGAUUUAGUUGCCAGUAGUCUUGGUGGUAGAAAUUAUGAUUCAGCUAAAAAAUUUGUUCAAACUAAUAAAUCAUUGAAAGAAAUUGAAGAAGAAGAUUUGAAUGGACAAUCAUUACAAGGACCAGGAACAGCUGAAGAAGUUUAUCGUAUAUUGAAAAACAAAAAUUUAUUAGAUCGUUUUCCAUUACUGAGAGAUGCACAUUUAAUUUGUGAUCAAAAAAUUAAGCCUAAACAAUUAACUGAUAAUCUUGGAAAUCAUCCUGAAUUUCAAACAAAUCAACAAUAA